GCUCAGCGCGCAUCCCCCGCCCCCCAUUCCGUCGCCGGCCUCCCCGAUUGCCACAUUCCCCGAAGAGUGAGCUCAGCUGUUAGCUCAGCGCAGCCUCUCUCCUUUUAUGGUCAAACGCUUGGGCAGGGGGAGGCUCUUUUCGGCAGCCUUGGGGCUCCGGCGGCUCGGCUUUCCUCCGCCCCGUCAACUCCCCUUCUUGGCAAGCCAGGCUUGCUUAGAAAGUUGCGCUCGGGCCAGGCAGGCAAAGACGCCUGGCCACGGGCAAGCACCGCCAGAAGCUGCCAUCCGCGGCGCUUCGCCUGCCGGAGAAGACGCAAGAGCGCCUUCUAAAGUCCCGCGGAACCCCGGAGCGGUUUUCGGUUCCUGAAAGGGUAAGGUCGUCCUGUGUCACACUCAGCAAGAUGGCCUCAUCCGGCGCCCCAGGAACCCGCAUGACCUCUACUGUCAGCAUCAACAUCUCCACUCCAAGUUUCUACAGCCCCCAGAAAAAAUUUGCGCCUGUCGUCGCUCCUAAGCCCAAAGUGAAUCCCUUCAAGGCCGCUGGACCGGUUCCAGAAAAUGCUUCUGAGCAGAGGUUGCCUCCGGCUGCUGGAGCAUGUGCCCAGAUAGGAAAAGUGGGGGAGAUCCCCAUAGCUGUGACUCUGCCCCCAGCAGAAGAAUUUCCUCUGCCACCACCACCGCCUCCAGGAGAAGAGAUAGUGGUGAUCCCAAACAACAAUGCAUUCCCUCCUCCACCUCCUCCAUUUGAGGAACCACCUCCUCCAUUUGAGGAACCAUUUCCUCCUGCUCCAGAAGAGGUCUUUCCUUCCCCUCCUCCUCCUAUGCUGGAGGAAGAACCCAUGUUUCUGAGUGGCUUGCCUGUUUCUCAGGAGAAGGACCGUGGAAAGACGAGUAGCAUUGAUCUGGAGAUUGAUUCUUUGUCCUCAAUGCUGGAUGACAUGGAAAAGAAUGACCCUUUCAAAACCCGGUUGUCUUCAGGGCCUAUAUUUCCAGCAAAUGUAGGUUCUGCUUCUAGAAGCUCCUUAGAAACUGUAGCUCCAACUAAAGACAGUCCAGUUCCUAUUAUCCAGGCUGCAUCCGGUCCUGCUGGAAACUCUGUGGCCAAGCAACCAGAGGAAACUGCUCCUGUUCCUCCACCAUGGGUAGCCAUGAAGCAGCGUAAAGACUUGUCGUCGUCGGUAUCACCUGCUCCUCCGCCAGCUCCAUCAGUUCCUAAGUUCACUGCAUCUCUUCCUGCCACGGGUCCAAAAUUUGUAUCUAAACCAGCUCCUGCGGCUCCUCCAAAACAGCCCGCUUCAUUUCCUGCACAGUCUCAUUUCCCAGCCCCUUCGGGCACAGGCUCAGCUCCAAAGCCUCAGCCUCCCACUUUCACUUACGCACAACAGCGAGAAAAACCACAAGUCCAGGAGAAGCCAUAUCCUACUGGGCAGCCAUCUGCCCCACGAGAAAUGCGCAACCCCGUAUUUCUUCCAAACACUGGAUCAGAUCCACCUAGGAACAGCUCUGCUCUGACCAUGAAGGAGGUAGAGGAGCUGGAGAUGUUAACCCAGAAGCUCAUGAAGGACAUGGAUCAUCCACCCCAUGCCGAAGCCUCUAAUUCUGAAUCCUGUGGUUUGUGCAAUAAGGCACUAUCUCGGACUCAGCCUGCUGUCCGGGCCUUGGACCAGCUCUUCCACGUUGAAUGUUUUACCUGUUUCAAAUGUGAGAGACAGUUGCAGGGGCAGCAGUUCUACAAUGUGGAUGAAAAGCCUUUUUGUGAAGAAUGCUAUGCGGGCACCCUAGAGAAAUGCUGUGUGUGCAAGCAAACAAUCACAGACAGGAUGUUGCGGGCCACUGGUAAUUCCUACCAUCCUCAAUGUUUCACUUGUGUGGUGUGCCACAAACCCUUGGAAGGGGCAUCCUUCAUUGUGGAUAAAGCCAACCAGCCACAUUGUGUUGAUGAUUAUCACAGAAAAUAUGCUCCUCGCUGUUCAGUAUGUGCUGAGCCCAUCAUGCCAGAGCCUGGGAAGGAUGAGACUGUUCGUGUGGUGGCCCUGGAGAAGAAUUUCCACAUGAAAUGUUACAAGUGUGAGGAUUGUGGGAAGGCCCUGUCCAUUGAAGCAGAUGACAAUGGUUGCUUCCCUCUGGAUGGCCAUGUGCUGUGUAGGAAAUGUCACACCACACGUGUCAAAGCUGCGGUCUGAAGAUCUUGAAUCAGGAGAUGUUUCAGUGUAUUCCUCCUGCCCAAAAGCAGCAGAUCUGAUCUUUUGUAUGCUUUUUCUUAUGACUCCUUCUU